AUGGAUGUCGAGGGUUCCGACCACGACGAAUACGAGCCGCCAACCAGUGGCUUGGCUCGACGUGCGUGCGAUCAAUGUCGUUCCCGGAAGGUGAGCUGCAGAAGCUUGGAAGGGUUGUACAUGCAUGACGCUGACCAGUUUCGCAGAUCCGGUGUGAUAAGCGCUCCCCAUGUUCCAAUUGUCGCAGCGCAAGUAUUGCGUGUCGAUCUACAGGCGAAGGUCAGAAGUCAAAUCAACAGAGAAGGAGGGUGCUUAUUUCUAGUCAAUAGUGAGUUGAUAUCUUUUCUUCCCCCAAAUUUGCAGUGCAUUCCAAGGUUGGCAAGUUUUGUAACAUCGGUUCAUAGCGAGAAGAAGAUCGAUUUGAUUGAAGAGCGAUUGGGAAGCAUUGAAAAGGCCCUGCAAGAACUGCUUACAACAUCUCGAUCAAAUGGAUCAAAACCAACCAGAUCUUAUGAAUCGUCUCAACCCUCCCCCUUACCGGGCGCUAGAGUGAAUUCUCCUGCGACAAAAUUCGAUCAUGCCAGCAUCAAGGGUCCUGGCUAUACAUCAAACCCUGCUAUUGAGCAACAUGAUCCAAGCUCUGGAUUUGAGGGAAAUUCAUCUCUUGCCGCGCACUCUGUCUAUGCAAGAGAGUUUCUGGAAUCCGCGUUUUCCCAUAGUACACCGGAAGUUUUUUCCAGUCCCAAAAUAAACGAGGCACUCUCUUCACUCCGACAGAUUGUUGAGAUGCAAAAUAAGCAACGUGAAAUUGUCACCCAGAGGACUCAAUUUCAUAGCCAGGAAGGCAGGUUAGGUUCCCAUUGUGAUAUCCGCCAGCUAGAAUUGCCACCGUUACCUGUUGUUUUGACAGUGCUGAGGAAAGUCAAAGAAAACAAACCCUCUGCAUUCGGCGGCUACAUUCCCUUCUUCUCAAUUGAUUACUUCAUUGAAAAAUGCCGAGAGGUCUACUUUUCCACAGAUGAUUACUCUGAUGCAGCCUUCAUUGCUGCUCACUUCGGACUCUAUAAUACUUUCAUUGAGCUGUCAUUCACCGAGAAAGAAUCCACCACUCGGGAUGAGUAUCACAACUAUAUACAGAUGUGCAAAGAAAACUUAGAAGCAGCGCUGGCAAAUCUGAACAUUCUAAUGCCAGCAACACAUGAGACCAUUGUGGCAUUAUCUCUUGGGGCAAUGCAUGGAAUUGAGAUCGCAAAGCCAUCUCUUAGCUGGACACUUGCUUCCACGGCAAUUCACAUGUGCCAAACCCUAGGAUACCACCGCAUAUCAUCAAUGGAGCAUGAUCCUCCAGAAACUCAAAAGCGAAAACAAUGUCUCUUUUGGUCUGUGUACACCUUACUGAAUUUGCUAUCUCUCCGACUUGGCCGUGCGUCUGUUAUUCAGGACUUUGACAUCGGACUCCCCUCGCCGUUUGAGAUAUUUGCAUGCGAUGAAAAUGAUAUAUGGGGGAAUGUGUGUGCCUUGUGGACCAAACAAGCCAUCAUACAGAACAAAGUAUACAUGAAUUUAUAUAGCCCCGCGGCCCUGAACCAGCCUGAAAGUGUCAGAGUGUCUCACGCCCGUACCUUAGCCGACGAGAUGAUUACGAGCAUCAUGGACCCAUUUGAACGAAUUUUGUCCUCUGACUCAAAUCUUUGCGAAGUGGAUAUUUUAUAUCUGCGCUCCGACAAAGUCUGCCGACUGGCAAUGUUAACAUUGAUAUACCGUGCCAUCCCAGCGCCAACUGGAACUGGCUCGUCCGGCACAUUCAUACCCGAAUGUAUUGAGACAGCUCGAGCUGCACUUGAACAUCACCAAAUGUGCUUCGGUUCUAUAGAGGAGACGAAUAAGAUUAUCCAACGCUCAUAUAUGCACUGGGCUAUCCUCAUAUCUCCCUUCGUCCCCUUCAUUGUAAUUUUUUGUCAUGUAAUCGCAACAUCCGACCACAAGGAUCUCACCUUAUUGGAGGAUUUCAUCUCUUCUCUUCGCGCCCUCUGCUCGUUCUCCCAAUCAGUCGAUCGACUCCACAACAUUUGUUCUGUGUUUGGCACUGUCGCAAGGCUAUACGUCGAAGCUAAAGCUCGAAGUAGAGAAGGAGAAAACCCAAAUCUUGCUUCAGUGGGCCACGAGUUUGACGUUUACCUAAGUGCCCUGGGAUUAGCCCCCGGUAACGCUACUUAUGGAGUUCCGGAUUCCGCAGCGCAGAUGACUGGGCUAGUCGGACUGGCUACUCAGUCUCGGUUUCAAAGUCAGGAGACCGCGUCUGAAGCUGAGAUGAUGCAGGCGGCCCAGCUGGGGAAUUGGUUUUCUGGAAAUCAGUAUAUGAUGGGGCUGCUGGAGGAGGAUUAUUUUCAGUUCAAUCCAAACAUCUAA